AUGCGCUCCAGGCCAGUGGACAGGUCGCUAGCAGUAGCCAGUCCGGAGUCAUCAGUCGAGGCGGUGAUGGGGCAUGGCAGUGCAGAGCCACAAAGAGGUCCUGUCGAAUGGCUGGGGGAAGGAGCUUGCAGGUCCAGCGGAGACCUGCAGAAGGAUGUCAUCGAGCCUCCCUCUCGGCCUCCGAUGCCAAGCUUCGGAGCAGAAAGAGAAAGGGCCUUCGCGCAAACAGAAAAGGCCGCGCCCCUUGCAGCUCGAAGUGCCGAAGACACAGACAGUUCAAGCGGCGACGAAAUUUGCUUCUCCGGGAAGCCGUUGCUGGCGUGUGAGCAAGCGGACUCUGUGCCGAAGGCGAACGUGCCGAGCCGGAGCACUCCUCCGAUCACAGAGCCCUCCAAGGAGGCACGACUGGCAGCUGCCCGAGCGCGUAUGCAGACUUUGGGAUGUUCCAAAAAGGAGCGGAAGGAUGCCCAGCAGGGGAGCGUGGGCAGGGGGUACAGUGAGCAGGACAUCGAGUUGCCGCCCGGCGACGGAAGUGGCCCUGACGUCUCGAUGCUUCCAGCCAGCGUCUUCGAAAAACCCAAACGGGUGGAAGAUGCGAUGGAGGCUGAGGACCCUCACAGACAUGGUGACGGAGAACCCACGAGCCAAAGUGAGGGCAGCGAGGACGAGUCCCAGGAGCAGCACAAUCAGCGCAGCUGGUGGGCACAGUUUUUCCGGCUUAAGCUCCUUCAAACGCCUGGAGCUGCUAGCCUUUGUGUGCCUCUGGCCCGGAUGGGUCUGCAGGAUACAGAUCUCCCAUCGGUGACGGCCAGCUUGGACCGCCUGCUGGAAGACCUGCGUGGUGAGCGGCUUGACACGGCCGAAAGCAGCGAGAGCCUGCACCGGCCCCCUGUGCGUGCUCUGCUCGAAAUCGACCUCUCAGACAACAGCAUCUCCGAUCCGGGCGCUGUCUUUCUCUUCCGCUGGCUCUUGCGGCGUCGCAAGGAGGUCCGGUGUCGAGCUAUCCGCUUGGCUCGCAACAAGUUGGGAGAUGCUUCGAUGGAGUGGCUUGCAGCCCUGAUCUGCGCACAGCACUCUGCCAUCGAGGAAGUCCAUCUCUCACAGAAUUACAUCACAGGUUCUGGGGCUGGACAGCUUCUUCUCGCAUUGGCCUUGCAUCCUUUCGAGGCCUAUCCCUGGCUGGACAAACGCGGCCUCUUUGCCCCUGCUUGGGUCAGCCUGGACCAGAACAACGUUCAGGAGUCUGCAGGUCUGCUCGGGCGUCUCCGGCUGCGUACAGGCCUACGUGCCGUCUGCACUGACGGUCCGCAGAGGAAGUCCAGCUUCAAUGAGGCGCCACAUGUGCAGCUUGGUAGCAACUUUCUGAGCUCAGUUGCGUCACGCUCGAAGCCAUCCGUGCUGCCGCUGGCGUUGGAGAAGGUUUGUGCAGGUGGCUCUUGGCCACCCUUGCCUGAAACGGAGAAGCCGUUGCCAUACCUUCCCCGGACAUCCGCUUCACAGAGUCUGUGGAUGGCACCUGCUCAGACUUUUCGCAGGGAGCUCUUGGUGGACGAAGAAGAAGGAGCCGGCCUCCACUUGGAGACCGUAAGCCAGGGCCUGAAGAUUUGUGAAAUCGCGGAGGUUCCGGGCCAGCCUGGCCUCUGCACGGAAGACAUCAUCGUCGCAGUAGACGGCUUGCCUUUGUGGUGGUCAGCUUGCGAGCACGACCCCAAGGCUCCCAAAGAAGCCGAUACGGGGGAAUCCGAGAAGGAUGCCGAGAGCGAUGACGAUGCCCCAAGUGCCCGCUUCCGGGCUCGGUUUCGGCGUGGUGCACGCUUGGACGUCUUCCGACAGAAGGCUCCCGAAGCUGCGAAAGCGCCCAUGCGACAGCCCGUCUUGGGAGCACACGGGUCACGGCGUGCUGCUCGUUUCUGCUGUCCCAUCUGCUGGGAUUCCUUCGACCGCUGGAACGACUGCUUGCAGCAUUUACGUGAACUAGGACAUGAGCCAGAGCCACCUCCAGACCAACGACGCGAAGAAGCAGCUGCUUGUUUGCGGAGGUGGAUGUCAACAUGCAUGUCGGCCGCUCGAAGUGAACUGCCACGACCAGCCGAUGUCAAAGUUGAGGCCAAGCGGAUGCCGAGUGUUCCCAAUCCGGAGGACAAGGCUGAGACGGAAACGCUGCUCCUUCCGGCGCCCAUAGGGUUUUACGGUCAGCGCAAUCGGUCGGUUAUGGAGGCUCUCGCAGAAGAGAUCUCUCGCUUUGGCUCUGAGCAUGGCUGCGCAGUCUGGAUGCUGCCGGAUGGGUUGCGAGCGCAGUGCCCGCAGGGCCCUGAGGCUGCACGCAAGAUUGCUUCCAUAGCCGCCGACUUACUCGAGAUUCUGCACUUUUACCUCCCUGACGUAGCUGAUAAUGCCGAUGACGGCGCCGGCUUCGUACCCAUUCCAGAGAGCCGUGAGUAUGCGGUGGAGUGGGCAGAUGACUGGGCCUCCUGGCUUGAGCAGAUGCUGCAGCAGCAGGCAGAAGAGGCUCGAGGGGCCGAGAUGGCGGAGAUGGCGGAGUUGGCAGAGGCGGAGGUCGCAGCUGAGGCCUCGCUGCGCUCGCUGCGAGCUGAGGCUGUCCCCUUUGUGCCGCAGCAGCAGGCCGUGGAUCUGGCAGCCUUGAGGUUGCUGGUGUUGUGUGGCUUGCCAGGAAGCGGCAAGAGCAGCUUAGCACAGCGGCUUGGGCUUUCAGGGAAUUGGGUGGUCGUAAACCAGGACUGCCUUGGCUCCCGGCAAGCUUGCAUGAAGGAAGCUCGUGCUGCCUUGAGGCGGCCAAAUGGCCGCAUUGUCAUCGAUCGAUGCAACGUCAACGUGGCACAGCGGGCGAUUUGGACACAGCUGGCGGUCCAAGACUUCGACUUGGAGCCUGGCCAAAUGGGUUGCGUUUGGCUCGAUGUGCCUGAUCACGAAUGUGGUCACCGGGUGCUGCGACGCUUUGCCCACAAUACGCUUCCACCGCAUGAGGCAUCUCUCAAGGUAAUCCGUGGCUUUGCGAAGAAGUGGCAGGCACCAUCUGCGGAAGAGGGCUUUGCACACCUUUGGCGAAUUGCCUCUGAAGUGGAUGCAGAGGUGUUCUGGUCAGAGAUGUCAGCUGCUGGUCAACUGCUUACGGACAGUCGCGGCAAGGAGCCGGAGAAGCCCGAGCAAGUCCUUGGAGCCUCACCCCAGUUUCCGGCGCCUUCUCAGAGGGAGCCCUCCGAGGCCGAGGCCAAGGGAGCCACGGACGUGGAUGGAAAACCCGGGUCGCAUGGUGGCUUCCGGCCGGAGGCUGCAAAGUCGCCGGCGCCUGCAGCACCUGCUCCGCGGCCGGAGCCUGCUGCCGCCGAAUCCCUCGGCCUCGAGCUGGGCAAAACUGGAAGUUCCGGCGAAGCAAGUCGCUACAUGUCUGAACCGCUUCCAGCAGAGGCGGCAAACUGCGCCAGUCCGAUUUCAAGGACCAAAGAGGUUGUGCUGGAGCCCGCUCAGCUGGACAGUCCGGGCCAAGGAUGCGGUGCGGAUUUCUGGCGUCUGCCGAUGGGUAACGACCAAGAGCUCGACGCGCAGGGCUACUCUGGGGCAAAAGCUCCAGAAGGAGACGAUGCUGCAGCAGGAUCAGCAGCGUCAGCAGCAUCAGCGGCAGCAUCAGCGACAGCGUCAGCGGCAGCAGCAGCAUCAGCAGCAGCGGCAGCAGCCGAAGCGGCUGCAGCAGCCGUAGCAGGCGAGGUUGCAUGCGCCGAAGCUGCCCAAGAAGCCGCACCAAGAGGGGGUGGCAUUGACUUCUGGCGGCUGCCGUUCUCCGGCUCCGGCUUGGAGGAGCCACGAGAGAUUCCAGCAAAGCGCUGGUCUUCCAUGGAUCUAAACUACUCCAAGUACCAGGUGCGGCGGAUGCCUUCGCAUGUCCUUCUGCUGUGCCUCACGCUGGCCGUGGCUUCCGGAGAAUCCGAGGCGGCAUCUUCAUCCUCAUCGCACUGGUUGAGGCGGGAGCAGGGCGCCAAAGCGGAGCAAGGCACUGCCUCCGCAUCUGAAGGACAGGCGGCGUUGAAGUCAAAGUCGAGAUACACGCAGGUCUCAGCUGCAGGUGCCCUCAGCUCUCAUGAGCUGGAGGCACAGCUUGCCAGACUCGAGAAGCCACGCCAGUUCGGUACCUUGGCGGAGCUCGAAGCGGCCGCAGGAGAUAAGCUGAGGAUGUGGCAAGUACCGCUGACGGAUGCCACCGGCCAGAUAGAGAGCGUGGAGACCAUCUGGACGCAGCAAGGCGAUCCCGGGCCUGCGGGAGAAGCUGGCACAGUGGGAGUCCAGGGCCCACCGGGCCCGUCAGGACCGCCCGGAGACGAUAGCACAGCGUCCGUCGACAUGGAUUCUGUGGGGCCGGAUGGGCCACCUGGCCGGGCUGGAUCAGAAGGUGACAUCGGAAAGCCCGGUCCGCAAGGAGAUCCUGGCCCUGUUGGUCCACCAGGCAGGCAGGGGGAGUUUAGCGACGAGCAGAAGGCUGAGUUCGUCAAAGUUGUGCGGCAGCUGAACAAAGCCGUGAAGCAUGCGGCAGAGAUGGACAUGAUCGAGAACACAGUGCUGAAUCGCAGGCUUCAAAGGCUGAAGCAGCACUUCUUGAAAAUGCAGGCUAAUCUGACAAUGGCGGAGCAUAUACUGAUGGAGCAGACAAAGCAGGUCGAAUGGAAGGUCAAGAACUUCCUGAAGACGGACGUCAAGGUAAACAAGACCAUUGCAGCUGCCAAAAAGGUAAAGGACACCGAAGUGCAGAUUUUGGCAGAGGAGGAGAAAGUGAAGGACGAGAUUGUGGAAGCCACGGCAAACGAAGCUAGCCAAGCAGAGAAGACCGUCUCCGACACGAUGGCAUCGCAAUCCCAAGGUGCCUGA